CUGCCGCGGCUCCACCGUUAUCAACGGGUCGGCUUCUUCCUUUCCCGCGGCGCAGGUUAGCGGGAUGGAGGUGAUGAGGCACGUUUCCACUUUUCUACGGCCUCCUCCCCUUCCCCAGGCGGCCGACGGGCCCGCUCCAUCGUACGCUCUCGUCGUGCUUAACCAGCGCCUCCCUCGCUUCGCGCCCGACUUGUGGAGCCAUGCAGCAAAGCUGAGGAUCUUUGCCGACGGAGGGGCGAAUCGGGUGUAUGACGGGAUGCCGAAGUUCUUCCCUGAGCAAGAUCCGCUGGAGGUCCGCCGCAGGUACAAGCCAGAUGUAAUCAGAGGUGACUUGGACUCGAUAAGACCAGAAGUCAAGGAAUUCUAUUCCAACCUGGGUGUCAAAGUAGACGAUGUGUCUUAUGAUCAGGACACCACUGAUCUGCACAAGUGUAUAGCUUUUAUCUGUGACUUCAUACCUGAAGUGGACAAAUCAAAUUUAUGCAUUCUAGUUGCUGGAGCACUUGGAGGGAGGUUUGACCAUGAGGCUGGAAACCUCAAUGUAUUAUUCAAGUUCUCAAACAUCCGGAUAGUUCUUCUAUCUGAUGAUUGCUUGAUCCAACUUCUACCAAAGACGCAUUGCCAUGAGAUCCACAUCCAGUCAUCAGCAGAAGGUCCACACUGUGGAUUGAUUCCUGUUGGCGCACCAUCAGUUAGCACCACUACGACUGGUCUUCGGUGGGAUUUAACCAACGCAGGGAUGAGUUUUGGUGGCUUGAUGAGCACUUCAAACAUGGUCCGCGAGGAGAGAAUUACUGUCCGUUCUGAUUCAGAUCUUCUCUGGACAAUAUCCAUUAAAAAGAAGGCCUGAGACGUAUACCGAUUUGUUUGAUUUAAUUUCCACAGGUUGUGAAAUCAAUGGUGAAUCAGGUUUAUACCGACAAAAAAACUCGUCCUCGUGCUCUGAUUACAAGGGAGAGUAUUCAUCAUGUGCAAUAUGUAUUGACUAGCAAGCAAGUAUACUCCCAGCUUGUCAUGCUUGAAUUCCACAGAUUUGUAUCAUUUGUUAAGAGUGCCUCUUGUGCAGGAACUACUCAUAGUGGUUUAAUGCAAUGAAAUAUAGAUUAGAAGAUCUCUUGGUGAAGAGCAUUCCUUU